AAACAGAUUCUUUCAAACAUUUUGAUUCUUGUUUGUUUUUUUAAACUUCUAAACUUCUCGUCUCUCUCCUGCAGGUCACAUCUCCUGAACCUUAACGGAUUAACGUCACUCGUCCACUAGAAACCAUGAAGACCUUCUCCGCCUCACUCGCCUCCUUCCUGCGUCCCGCCACCGCCGUGAUGCUGCUUCUCCUGCCGCUGCUUCUGAUUGGCUGGGCUGAGCAGGCCACGGCGCACCCCGUCAGCAAGGUGCUCAGCCCGGCGCUGCACAGCCCGGAGACGUACGACACCGUCCACAAAGUGGCCCAACAUGCUCAGAGUUUACAGACGGAGGACGACUCCAGCGUCAGACUGAUUCCACGUGUCAACACUAACGAGGACCACCUGAAGAUCUGCUGCCUCCACGCCAACAUCCUGGACUUCUACCUGAACAACAUCCUGCCUCACCACCAGAACGCUCACCCCCGCAUGAACCAGCUGGAGACGGACCUGAGCCGGGUCAGCCUGGACCUGCAGAACCAAGGCUGUAAUGUGACUCACUAUCACGACCAUCAUCACGCCGUGGAGUUUGUCAAGAAGCUCAAGAAGAUGGAGGGCGGGCGAGGAAUCAUCAAAGCUGUGGGAGAGAUCGACAUCCUGUUCACCUACCUGCAGGACUUCUGCGUCGUGCCUCAGAACGCCACUGCCGCCUAACAACGCCGUCCAGUUUUCUACACAACGUGCUUUUUACCACAUUUAUCACCAGCUUUGCUACUUUUAUUUGUUGAUUUAUUUAUUCAAUAAAUAAAUAUUUAUUUAUUUAAAUUUUAACCCCUAAGGUAUUUAUGAGGACUGAUUGAAGUAUUUAUUUGCACACCUGAGCGGCGAGGCCUCAGGUGUUGAUCGGGUUGCCAUCUUUAUGGCAUUUUUUAUUUGACGUGUUGAAUAUGGCGUUCACACUCCGGCUGCUGAGAUUCAUUUGAGAAUAAAGAUCAGUUUGAAUUUCUA